CGAAGCUCGAGUGCCCGAGUCGAUCAUCAUUUGUUGGUUAGAAAAAAAGGAAAACAAAUCCUGUGAGGAUUCAGACCAUCAACAAGGUGGCCUAUAGCCACCAUGCCAUUUAAGCUCCGUCUGAAGAAAAGCAGACAGUACAAUGUGGUAUCAAAAUCAUUAUUUGUCAUCUGUGUGGAACUUCUGGAUGGAGGUUCCAUGGAAUGUACAUUGUCGGGAGAAAGUACGGGACAAGAAUGUUUGGACAACGUUUGCCAAAGACUAGGGCUUCAACAGCCUGAAUAUUUUGGAUUAAGAUAUAUUGCAUUAAAUGGCAUGCAAAGAUGGCUUGAAAUGGAUAGACCUGUUAAGAGACAGCUUGACAAGCAUGCAAGUAAACUUAACUUAUUCUUGAGAGUCAUGUAUUAUGUUAUUGGGAUAUCACAGAUACAUGAUGAAAUGACAAGGUAUCACUACUUCUUACAACUAAAGAUGGAUGUUAUUGAGGGUCGCAUGAGUUGUGAAGCUCGACAGGCCAUUCAGCUUGCUGCAUUCAGCAUGCAAGCCGAGUAUGGUAACCAUGACAUGGAACGACAUACCAUUGAGUAUUUGAAAGACCUUACUCUCUUCCCCAAGCACUUGCUAGAAUAUGGACACCUGGAUGCUUUGAUGGAAGGUGUUAUUAAACAGCACCGAAUGCUGAGAGGUGUAGCACCAUCCAGUGCUGAAGAACACUACAUUCAAGCAUCUCAACAACUUGAUGGUUAUGGACAGGAACUGUUUCAGGCUUUGGAUGAUACUGGAAAUAAUGUUGUGAUAGGAGUGUCCUUGUCUGGAGUAGGCGUGGGAUAUGACAACAACCAACUAUCAAAAUUUUACAAAUGGAAGGACAUUACCAAUGUGGUAAACCAUAAGCGCUAUUUUGUCAUGGAAUGCCAAGUGCCCGAUAGGUCUGUGCAGUUUCAGUUCACCGACGUUGAAAGUGCAAAGUAUGUCUGGCGCAUGUGUGUUUACCAGCACAAGUUUUUUAUGCAACAUGAGCAGAGUGAACCCGACAGUCAGGCUGCCCAGAAUCUCUUUGCUCAAAGUGCAACAGAGCUGGCAGAAAGUCAUGAAGAACUGGAUGGGGGCCGAGGAGUAACUUGGGGACCCACAUGGACUUCUGUGCCCACCAUGCCUGUUAGAGCCCAGUCAACGUCCUGCCUGGACCUUGCAACGCCCCAGGAUAUGGAUCGUUUGAGGGCAUUGCUACCAUCCUAUCGACCUGCCCCAGAUUAUGAAACAGCUGUGCAACAAAAAUACCAUUCUGGAGUUCGGCAAGAAGCAGUGCCAGCCAAUGUGGUUCGACCGAGACAUCAUCAGUUGGGUGUCUUGUAUAGCAGUCAACCAGAAAUUCAUCAAACUCACCUUCAUGAGAAUUUAAAUUAUGGUGCAGUGUAUAAACACUAUCCUGAUGUUGCAAGGGUCGAAAGAAGAUACAUAGAGGCAAAUACAAACAACCAUGCUCUUAUGCCCCCUCCUCACACCUACAGUACUCCUGACUUGGAUGUAGUUGAGGGCCAUCAACAAACAUUUCUACAGAAGCCACCACCGCCCUAUCCGAUUAAUCGGCCCAGCAGCAAUAGUACUCCAGAUUUGGCCUCACAGGCGCUUUGUGCUCCUCGGCCUCAUUUGUGCAGCCCCCAGGUUAGUGGAUCCAGUCCAGACUUGGUGUCCUCUCGGUCUUUGGGCUUGAACCGCAUGGUUGGCCUGGGCGGUGGAUUCAGAGCCCUAGGUCCACCCCUGGGUUAUUCUCUACUACCGAACCCUGAAAGCCACCGCACUUAUACCAACCUUGCUGCAGCUGCAGUUGAUACCCACCAUCAGCACGUGGAAGAGUUGCGCCGAGGAAGAGAAAAUGGUGGGCUAAGCAAAGUGAUGAAUGGCACUGUCGCACCACCCCAGCAGUUCCGCAACAUGCCUGUGGCUUCACCAGUAUCAUCACAAGCACCUCAAACAGCACAGGCUCCUGAGCCAAUAUAUGAAAAUAUUCCCCUUCCUUGGGCUGCAGAGGGUCGUGAGACAACAGCUGAUGGAGCUGGACCAAGGAGUCGAGCAUCCAGUAUUCAAUCUGCUCCUGAAAUGAGUAGAGGGUUAACUAGUGUUGAGCACCUGAAUAACUCUCCCUCAAUAACUGGAGCUGCUAAUGCGAGUAUCAGUGUCAGUGUUGCACCUAUCAUGAUUGCCCAUUCAGGCUCAACUCAGCAGCAUCACGGAUCCCACUCGAAAUUAUACGCUAGUCAAGAAAGAUUACAGCAGCAGCCGCAAAGUCUGCAAGUACAGCAGUCCUCACUCCACCAUCAAGUAUUACAGCAACCAUCGCAGCAGCAGCAAACUGUUUUGCAGCCUCAACAAUCAUUGCCUUUAACAGCACAACAUCAGCAACAACCACAACAGCAACCCAUGUCAAUCCAACCCCAUCAUUUCUCACAGCCUCAGCAGCAAAAGCAACAACAACCACAACAGCCCCAUCAGCAAUCACCACUUCAACAGCAGUUACUUCAUCAAACCCACCAAGUCGUUGCUUCACAGCAGCAGCCAAAACAACUAUCAUUAAAUACUGAUUCUAUGUCUCAUUCAAUUGCUAAUGAUCCAGGACAACCUCCUCGGCCCCAUACUAGUCACAACACUUCGGCCACCUCCACUAACUCCAGCAUGGACUCCUCAUCUUCUUCUGGAAAAACCACUAGCAGGAAAGGCCGCCGCCUCAAGUGGGCUGGCUUAAACUUGCUGGGAGGGACAAGAGACAAGGACCGUAGUCAUUCGGAAACAAAUUCGGAACCCAACAAUCAGCAUCAUUGGGGUACCGCUCUACCCCGUGUUCCCCUUCCAUCUUCUGUGUCUAAGGAAACCUUGUGCCAGCUUCUAGAAAAGAAGCUUGUUGACAGUCAGCUUUUCUUCGAAUUUGAAAAGAUUCCUAAGAAAAAACAGAAUGCUGAAUUCUCCUCUGCAAAUCAUGCUGAUAAUAUUGCUAGAAACAGGUUUAAGGAGGUGUUACCAUAUGAUGAAAAUCGAGUUCGUUUGACUCCAAGUAAAGAAAAUCGACAGGGUUACAUCAAUGCAUCACACAUAACUGCUACUGUUGGGACUCAACAACGUUUUUAUGUAGCUGCUCAGGGCCCUCAGACAAAUACACUUGCAAGUUUUUGGCAGAUGGUUUGGGAAGCAGAUAUUUAUCUUGUUGUGAAUUUACUUGGAGCCAAUGAAGAUGGUGCCAUACCUUACCUGCCUACAAACAUAGCUGAUCGCAGCCUUGACUUGGGAGAUUUCCAGGUGUGGUGGCAGUUUUCUCAAGAGAUGGGACAUUGUGUCACCACCAAGCUACGUCUUUUCCAUGCUGCUACACGGCGGGUCCGUGGAGUGUGGCAUCUACAGUACCCUGAAUGGGGUGAUCAGGGGUGUCCCAACAAUGUUGGUCACUUUUUAGGAUUUCUAGAGGAAUUGAAUUCUGUUCGCCAACACACUGUGAGCGAAAUUCCACCUGGUCAUAAUCGUAAUCCACCUGUUCUAGUACAUUGUAGUGCAGGUGUGGGACGAACUGGAGUGACCAUAUUAAGUGAUUUACUGCUAUACACACUUGAUCACAACCAGGAACUUGAUAUUCCCCGCGUUGUAGCUCUAUUACGUCAUCAACGUAUGCAUAUGAUACAAACUGUUGCUCAGUAUCGGUUUGUACAUAGCCUACUUAUCCACUAUCUCCGGCAAUCAAGGCUCAUCUAAUGUAAGUUCUGUAGCUAAAGGUCAACAAGUUGGCUUUGUACUCCAGUCUUCCCAUCUCCUACCUCAGACUACAGUACCAAGAGUAAAUAAAUUGAAGUCCAUUUGUUUGGAGGUUAAUACUGAAGUCAUGUUGAAGUCAAAUGUAUUUCAUUUUGCCAUGAAAAAUCAAUUACCAGUCAUAAUUUAAUACUGUGGCUUUGUUUUAGAGGACUCGGCCACAGUGAAUAUACUGUAAUAAUAAUUGUAUUGUUAGCGCAUUCACUGUGAGACAGGACAAAUCUAGGUGUUAAAAUGUCUGAUACUUACACCUGCAUACACCCAUGAAAUACUCACAGUGAAGGUGUUAAUGAACAUACAUUAAAAUGUGCAUGUUACAGUGUUGUUAUAUAAUCAUAUAUUUGUCUACUUAAUUAAUUAUAGGUAUGUAUUGUGAUCCAAUAUUAUUGUGUGCUUACAUUAAGUUGAACUAGAAAUUGAAAUCAUGGACUAAUGACUGGUCAAUUAAAUUGUUUAUGUAAUUCCAAGAGACAUUUGAGCCAUUACUGACAACAAGACUGAUCUCUUUGAUUCCCUGCGGAAUAACUAAACCCUAUCUUAAAUGUUAGGCUGCAAUUUCUAGUAGCUACUUUGUUGUUAUUUCUCUCAAAUAGUUCAAUGAGCUGGCCCUGUUUUUCUUGUUAUGGCUGCUUGUUCGUCUGUGCAUUGAAAUAUUGUGUGUUUUGUAUUGUGUGACUUCUGAAUGGAGCCCGUAUUAUGUUUACUGUUUAUUGUCAUUGUAUCACUCAUUAUGUGUUUAUCACAAAUACCUGUGUAUUAUUCCCUCAGAUACCUCACUUAUUUUUUGACAAUGUAUUCAAGUGUUUGACAAUACCACUGCUUUCUGGUGGAAAAUUCAAUUUUAUUUUGCGGAAGGUACUCAUUUAUGAAAUUUAUUUUUGGGUCGAAACUAUUUGCUUACUACCUUUGUACACAAUUUUAAUUAAUGGGUUUUAGGGGUACAUGGAAUGAACAAUUUUUUUUUUCUUAUGGAAGUAUUUUAUGAGCCAGAGAGUCUAAGAUUAGGUAUAUAAUCUAACAAUGGGAUUCUGCAGUGCAUAACUCGUACUUUUUGCAGUUAAAGAGCAGACUUGAUGUGAAGACAAUUUCCAAAGUAGCUUUGUGUUACCGUUUUGUUUUAAUUUGUUGUUAAUGUUUUUUUACUUGAAACUGCCGUUAUUAAUUUUUCAUUUGUUGUAGUGUAUCAGUUUUUAGAACAGGUAGUGCAUGACGUAAUCCCAAGGAUUAUUCUUCUCCUGCAAAAAGUAUGUCCUGUGUAUGGCUUGAGGUUUAACAUGCUUCUUUUACAAUGCAUUUUGCAUCCAACAGCAUGCUUUAGUUUGAAUCUCAUUUGAUUCACAACUUUAAUCAUACAUUCAUGUAUUAGUCUUUGCUUCUAUUCAGUACCUUGACCUUGACUCUUUAUGAUUUAAACUUAACUCGUAUUUUAAUGAUCAUGUGUGAACCCAUGCAACUGAACUGUUCCUGCGCUUUGUAAUGUUUUCCCUUAUGUUCAAUUAGUCAUUUACAGUGAUUGCAGUGAUAUUUUUAUGCAACAACUGCUGUUAUAUGUGUGGUGUUUGAAAUCAGCUACCGCCAAAACAAAUGUUUUGGUCCAGGUACUAAUCUUAUGACUAACUGGUAAAUAUUUAUGAAAAGUCCCACAAUGAUAUUUUCAUGUGUCAUUAUAUUGUUUAAAAAUGGGUAUCUUAUUGGGCCUGUCUAUGCCUCCUUUGCAACACUGAGGAUUAGGGUAAAAGUUAAAAGUUUUCUUUUUAAUGAAGACAAUGUGUAGAAGUAGUUUUGUCAUUUCUUUCCCCUUUUUUGUUUCUAGAUUGAGCUUGCAACAGUUUGACAGUAUUUUUUGCUUGUGAUCCAUUGUCAUUUGCUCACUGUGUUGUCGCAGUUUCCUCAUUUUUUACUUGGGGCUCCUAUUGUAUUGGGAGAAUCAAAAUAGCAAUAACCUGCUUUUCAUUAUUAGUUUUUGCACAGAAAGAAUAUUUGUGUUCAUUUUCUUUCAAUUAUUUACAAUGUCAAUAAUUCACCUCAAUGAUAUUCUGCUUGCUCAGACGUUUGUGAUGAAACCCUAAUGGUUGACACUCUAGCAGUAUUUGUGGAAUCUUGCCUCUGAUCUUUAUUACCCUCUCAAGUCUGAUUUUUCACCCUUUGCCCCCAGUAUUACAUCCUGUCUAUUUAUUAGAACAUCUUUCUUCAUCUAUUACGCUUUUAUAAAUUAUUUCUUAUUAGAAUGCUGGUUAGUGCCUAAAAGUGUAGACUUUAGUUCACCAUCAUUAUGAAAAUAUUGAUGCUCCAUGCUGUGGAAAUAAUGUCCGAUUCAACAGUAACAAAGUUAGCUUUCUCUUCACACAUUGCCCACAGCCCUAUGAGAUAAAUGUCGACUGGAGUCUUUUGACUUGAUUUUACUUUAUGUACUUACUUGUUGUUUUGUCACGCAUGUGAUGUACUCUCUUUUUUUUUUGACCUUGUGGUGCUACAAUAAAUAACUACAAAGACA